CAUUUAAGUGUACACAUUUAGUUGCGGAUUAAUAGUCUACUAGUGUGGGUUAAUGCAGAACGAAGUCAGUCAGUUGGACAGGCAUAUCCUUUACUUUUCCAGCCUUGCAAUAUGAAGUCGCAGACUUUUACCCUUUUGGCUAUAUUAGCCAUUUUUGCAACAACCAUUCCCCCGACGUAUGGCAUUAUGGAGGAUUCAAUUAUGGAAUUUUUGGAAGAAUUAAAAAUGCGUAUGUGCCAUCCCAUACCAAAAUUUGGUUUACCAGCCUUGGAUCCACUCACAAUUGGCCAUGUUGAAACCGAGAUUGAUAAUAAAUAUUUUGUGGAUUUCUCAACUUCUGUAACAGAUUUUGCCUUAACUGGCCUGUCCGAUUUUGAGGUGCCCUCGUUGACAAUAACCACCAUACCCACUAGACGCUCAAGAUUUGAAAUAGUACUACCCAAAGUGGUGCUUAAGUCUUUGUACACCGCUAAGGGAUCCAUUGCCCGUGUUGUCAAUUUGAAUGGCGAUGGCAAUGCUGAUGGUUAUGUUGAAAAUGGAAGACUAGCUGUUUCCUGGAUUUUCAAUAUUGGUCUCAGCAGUGUUCGUAUUCGCAGUUUAACAAUUGAGAUCAGUCUCGGUGGUCUUUACUUAAACAUUGAAGAUGUUGUUGAAGAGCCAAGAAUCAAUGAGUUCUUGCAUGCCGUAAUUAAUGAAUUGGGCAUAGAGUUAUUAAACGAUGUGUGGGUGGAAGCACAAGAAAAGGGAGCUGUUAAAUUUGUGGAAAAUAAAAUUAACAGCAUAAUAGGUCAAUACUCUCUGGGCGAUCUCUUGAAAAUAAUUGGAGGUAUUGUGUCUGGUGGCGGUGGCGAAGGUGGCGGUCCCUUUGAUGGCAUUCCACCAGAUUGCAAGGAGGCUAUUGUUGCCGCUUAAGACUGGUUUUAUUUUUUUUAAAUCGAUAAUUUAGUAUAAAUGUAUACAAAACUAUAAUAUAGUGAUAUUUUCGGUUAUUACCAACA